GCACCAUGUUAUAAAAGCUUGCUGUAGUUGUCUUCUCCACAAACACCUAUACACCUUGACCUUGACUGCGCCACGCGGUUGCUUGUGGGUCCGAACCUUCAAUAUCCUUUUGUCUUUCUCCAACCCCAUUUCCCCCUUUAAAUGGCUAAUUUGCUCGAGAUCACACAGUUCUCGUGAGGUCUGAAAGAAAGGGAAUCUAAUUUUCUCUUUAGGUGUUGGACACAUUCGCCAGCCAUGUCUCCCAGCAAGUUCGACUCCACUGUAACCAAAACUCUCUCUUUUUCUGUAUAUUAUCUGUGCUUCUUCUUUUGGAUUCUCAGAUGUUGAUUGUGUCUAUUCUUCUAUGGUGUGUACUAAAGCUUGGAUUUAUUGUGUUCUUGGCAUUUAGAUUUUUUCAGUACUUGUUGAACAUGGAGCUCCUCUGACUGUGGGUUGCUGGGUUGGUAGUAUAUUCCUUGCCUCUUUGUGAUAAUGAAGCAGUGGGAAAAAAGUUUGAUGGUCAAAAGUGCGUUCAGUUUGUGCAAGCUGUAAUUUUUAAGAUUUUGUGUUGCCUAGUUUUUGAAUGUGGGAUGGAUUCAGUUUGUGGAAGUACGGAUUUCGUGUGUUGAAUUCCGGGUUGAGGGUGAAAUAUACUUUAGGAUCGAUAGUUCACACAAUUUUGGUGGUUGUUGGUUUUUUUUUUUUUUCGCACAAAUAUUUUGAAAAAUCGCGUUAUCUUAAUUUGUAUCUUGAUAUAUAAUUUAUCCGAUGAGAAUUCUAAAAAUACAAAGAGAAGGAUUGGAUUGACUUACAUCAGAAGCACUGUUCAGUCUUAACAGUGACAACUUCAUGCAAAAUUUGUUGAAAGGCGGAUCACGUCCUUAUCCAGAAGCACUAGGGAGUAAUUUUGUGUGGCAAUCGUUUAAGAUAGCAACAAUCAAAAUAAUCAGGCAGAUUAUUGCUGAAGGAAAGGCUUCUGCUCAAGCUGAGGCAGCUGAAUGGAAGCGUAAAUAUGAACUGGAGAGAGCACGAAAUCUGCAAAUGGAGUGCAAAGAGCAUGAUAGUGAUGUUGAUGAUGCAAGAAUGGGGAACUUGGUCAACCAACCAGUGUGGUGCAGUGAAGCAAAUGAGCAAUUUGAAAAGUGCUGCAGGAAUGGACUUUGCUCGCAUGAAGUUCUUCGAGAUGGGGAAACUGAUUUUGAUUCUAAGAUGGUAAAAAAGGCUUCAUUUAAACUUUCAUGGUGCUGCAAAGGCCAACAAAGUGAUCAGUACAAACAUGACAUUGUCCCUUUUGAAAGAGGGAAUAUAACAAUUGCAGAACGAAGCAGUAAGCAGAUCUCUUUGAGGUGGGAAUCACACCCACAAACCGUGCUUAUUUUGACCAAACCGAAUUCAAUUUCUGUCCAAGUUCUAUGUGCAGAAAUGGUAAGAUGGUUGAGGGAACAGAAAAAAUUGGACAUAUAUGUUGAGCCACGUGUGCGAGUUGAACUUCUUACUUCAGUUUUGUACAAACAUGGAAAGAUGGUGAGCAGGGAACAUUUCUUUGGACCAGCUGUUAUAAAACAUGGAACUUUGUUUAUUCCUUGUUGCAAUGUAUAG